AUGGAUAGCUAUUCGCAGAUUCAUGCAAUAACUAUAAGCAUUCUCUGCUUGGCUUUGGGCACUUUACUUCUUAUUGCUAAUCUUCCUGUACUUUAUGCUCUUCUUGCAAGUAGUAAAUUAAGGCUACGGUAUGCUAUCUUGGCUUUACUACUUUUGGCUGCUGCAAUUGGAGGAUUUAAUUGCAUGCUACGAGCUUUCUCAAUUAUUAUGGAAUUAUGGAAUGAAAAUGAUUGCAAGAAGUACACCAAUGAAUCUUUCUACAUUAACAGAACGCCGUGGAACUGUCUUGGCCCAGUUGGUUAUUUUUCUUUUGGCUAUAAUUUCUAG